AUGAACAAAAACGGAACCGCUAAAAUGAAUGAUAAUCAAAUUAGAGCAGAAGGUAGAAGGUUAUUUAAACGCUUCUAUAACAUUCCUGAUGGUGUUAAUCCUAAAACUCGUAGAAGCUAUUUAAAUGAAGCAAUAGAUGCAUAUGAAGGGUUUGACAUUUCAUCAGAAAGUGAGAGAUUAGCGAGAAUGUUAAAUGUUAAUAUUGAUUUCUAUUAUUGUGAUCCUCAACCAGAAGACGUGGACAUAAAUAAGGUAGACUUUCCAUUAGUGGAAUCAAUAAUGAUAGAUCCAGAAUUUGAAACAGUAAAUAUUUUAUUAACACAGAGUCCAUGUGGAAAACUUCACGCUGACAGAAUAACAGACGUUGAAGCACUCACCGGCUAUAGAGUUUGUCCAUAUUGUAAAGAAGAAGUUUAUUCUAUCCGUGAUGAUCCAGAAAGGAAAAACCAAAGAAGAUUUUUAAAGCAUUGUGAGAAAUGUAAAGAAAAUAAUGGAAGAUUAAUUCAAGACGUUCA